AUGCCUGAGGUCAUCGACCUCGUCUCGGGUUCCGAGUCGGAUGCGGAUUCCUCCGCUGACAGCGAGGUUCAAUUUGCCGGCUACCAUCGCGAUGUGAACAAAAGUACUCAACACGCUACCACACUGGAAGAAGACGGCUAUGUUUACGCAGGCUUCAAGGCCCUCCCUCAACCGAAGAUCCCCAAAUCCAUCGUCAAACGCAAGAAACCGGAAGUCAUCAGCUUACUCGAUAGCGAUGACGAGGAGCCGCAGCACAAGAGCCAGGCGGAGCUUCAGCGUGAUCUUGAACGCGAAGAGGAAGAGGAUUACGUUACCACACUCGCCGCUCUCGACCUCGAUGAUGAUGCGAAUUGGGGCAAUAGGCUAAAUCUACAGAAAGCUUACCUGGAAGUCAACGACGAAGGGGAUGCUCAUGUUGAACUCGCUCUCAGUGCCGCUGCAACAGCUGUUGACAAGAAGAUAUCUGAACGUGCUUUCCGUCGGCUUGCAGAGCUGCCUCAAGACUACUUUGAUCUUGAGCUAUCCCCAGAGAGGACGUACAAGACUCCCCAUGUAUAUCAGCAGAUGCCACCGCCUAUUUUCCUUGCUGCACCCACUUUCAAUAUACACAAGUCAAGCAGUAUCACAAAUGUUAUAGGCGCGAGACGCUUCCAGUCGAUAACCGGACACCCAUCGACUGGCCACCUCGUCGCCAACAAGACGAUACACUAUGCAGGCGGAGGUUGGACCCUCCUUCCUUUUGGCUCCGUUCAGCAAGCGGGAUGGGAGUAG